AUGGAUAAAAUCGCCAAUAUGCGCCUCUCUGACAACCGGCACAUGCUGAAAGUCCACAUUGCCCAAAUCGCAGUGAUUCACAUCGUCAUGGGCCUCUCCGGCGCGAAAUUACCCCUCAAGAGCGGACCGAUGACCUGUACAAACACCAUGUCGUUGGGUAUAGCUUGUCUGAAAGCCAACGCCAUCCUCGAUUGCGUCGAGCCCGUCUUCUGCGGCGCAGUCGUCUUGCUGUCCUUCCAAGGCAACAUUCAGCGCUGCGUCGGCACAAUCGCACUCUCAGCUGGGUGA